UCAUGACAAUUUUAUUGAGCAAAAGAAUCCAUUUUAAUGAACAGACACAACAAUGUAUAAGAGAGAAAUGUCCAGAAUAAUUGAAAUUAUGUUACGAUGACAUGGCUUGUUAAUUAUAAUUGAAUAAAUGCAGACCCAAAGUUGAUAAGCCACCUAAAUAAGGUAGCAAAAGUAAACCAUUUUCUAAUGUUCUAUGUAAUUCAAAAUAUUAAUAAAUUUGUUAGCCUGUUUGAAAAAGAAUGAAAAUUCUUAUAAUUUGAUUGACUGUGCAUAUUCAAAUUGUGAAUAGACACCAUAAUCAUAAUUGUAUGAAUAUUUAUUAGAUGGUAAAUGAU